AUGCAAAAACAUCCUCACAGAUUUAACCAAGUCAUCUGCACCACGAGUUCAUCAGGAGAUUUCAACGCAGACCUCCAGUUCGAUCCUAUACAAUGGCCAGCGCAUCUGAGGCGUGCGCAGAAACUUCACCGUCCAAGACGUCCACAACGGCUUCGCUGCUCGCGAAGCCAGACACAUACCACCGGUACCAUUCCUGCGGAACUAAAGUUAUGCAGAGGCUGGGAUUAG